AUGACUUCUCUCCGUCUGUCCCUCAACUUACAGGGCAGCCAGCUCCUGGUUGCCUUGGUUGCAUUGAUCGUGGCGCCUUCUUUCAUUCUCUUUGGCUACAAUCAAGCCGUUCUGGGCAGUUUACUUAGCCUGAAGAGCUGGGUGGCAGUCUUUCCCGCCAUUGAUACUAUCGAUACCAACGGAGCACAGAAAUCCCACAACUCGACAUCACAGGGCGCAUGCAAUGCGUCCUUUCAGAUGGGAUGUUUGAUUGGGGCUUUGUCUCUGUCCAUGUAUGGAGAAAAGCUUGGACGUCGGAAAACAACCUUCAUCGGUGCCGCUAUCACCGUCAUUGGCCAAGCACUGCAGGUUUCUGCAACAACUUUGACUCAAUUCGUUAUUGGUCGGGUCAUACUUGGCUUUGCCAUUGGCCAAAUCAGUGGGACUGUGCCAGUCUGGCUUUCAGAAUGUGCGCCACCUAAGCACCGAGGACAGCUGGGUAUCUGUACCGGUAUCUUCAUCAGCACCGGGUACGCUCUGUGCAACUGGAUUGAUCUCGGAUUCAGUUUCCUCCAUCCCUCUACUGCCCAAUGGAGGGCUCCUUUGGCUAUCCCAUUUCUUCUCUCAGUUGUCAUGUUAAUAUCUAUCUUCUCCUUCCCCGAAUCCCCUCGAUGGCUGGUAUCGAAGGGGAAAAUCAGCGAGGCCACAGUUAGUCUGGCUCGGUAUCGAGGACUUGAAGGCUCGGCAGAGGAGAUCUUAAGGGAGAUCUCUAGUAUCGAGUUGGCCUUUGAGAGCACCGAGACUUCUUCUUUGAAGGACAUCUUCAACCCAGAAGACAAGACACGGCUGCUUUACCGAUUUUGGUUAUGCAUGGGUUUAAACUUUUUCCAACAGGCCUGCGGCGGAAACCUCAUAUCCGUGUACAGCUCAACCAUUUUCGAAGGGUCGCUGGGGAUGACUCCGGAACUUGCCAAAAUUCUUGCUUCAUGUGUUCUUAUGUGGAAGACAUUUUGCUGCCUGAUAUCCUUCUAUGUCAUCGACCGAUGGGGUCGUCGUCUAUGUUUCAUGAUCAGUGGCGCAGGUAUGGCUGUAUGCAUGGCUGUUCUAGCCGUCACGACCAGCUUUAGCACAUUGACGCACCCAAUGGCCAUCGCUUAUGUGGCUUUCAUGUUCGUUUUCAAUUUCUUCUACCCCAUCGGCUUUAUGGGAGGGAACUUCCUUUACUCAGCAGAGGUUGCACCUGCACGUCUGCGAGCUGCCAUUUCGUCUCUUGCGACUGCCAAUCACUGGUUAUGGAACCUCGUCGUUGUACUGGUCACACCAGUGGCUAUUGAUACCAUUGGAUUUUGGUACUACGUUAUUUACGCGAUCAUCUCUGCGACCAUACCUGUUACUGUUUAA